AUGGAUAUAGUGUGGCCUCCUGCAGAUUAUCAGUGGAGCCAGUGGCAGAUCUGUCAAGACCUGGGUGCUACUUACCUCUCCCUAGGUGACACAGAGCUGGCCAUCUCCUAUUGCAAACAGGUACCGCCUGUAUUUGAAGAGUCAAAGGGUGAUAACUCUCAGCUUUCUGAUGCUUUUGACUUUGAACUUGGACGAAAAAAGAUUGACCGUUUUAAUAACACAGUUGUAAAGCAAUCGGCCAAAUUCAGCCAUCUCACUGUGGCCAAUAGGGCUUAUCCAAUCUACGCUGUUAUAACGGAGCCAUUUCUGACUCACACUAGGGAAAUCAAGCAAAAUUUGGCCCAUAGUCCAAAAGAGGCACUGGGAUCACAGAGUCAGCACACUGGAACAAAGAAAGAUCAGCAAAACUUAGAAACCAAAUUUCGACUCUAUACAGAUAGAAGUGAAGAAAGCUGUCAGAUUUUUUUUAAUCAGUUGGAGACUCUUGACCAAUGCCGUUUCAAUGCCUCUCUUCCUUUGGUGAUGAUAGUCCAUGGCUGGUCGGUGGAUGGGAUGUUAGAAGGUUGGAUUUGGAAAAUGGCAGCAGCUCUGAAGUCUCAGCAUAAGCAAAUUAAUGUGAUCAUUGCAGACUGGCUUACAUAUGCUCACCAGCACUAUCCCAUUGCUGUACAGAAUACACGCUACAUAGGACAGGAGAUAGCAGACUUCCUGGAAUGGCUGGAGGAAUCCAUUCAAUUUUCCAGAAGCAAUGCUCAUCUAAUUGGGUACAGCCUAGGAGCUCAUGUUUCAGGAUUUGCUGGAAGUUAUAUCAGUGGUACAAACAAGAUUGGAAGAAUUACAGGCCUUGACCCUGCCGGUCCCUUGUUUGAAGGAAUGUCACCAACAGACCGUUUAUCUCCAGAUGAUGCAAACUUUGUAGAUGCAAUUCAUACAUUCACUAAACAGCACAUGGGUCUCAGUGUUGGCAUCAAGCAGCCUGUGGCUCAUUUCGACUUUUAUCCCAAUGGAGGCACCUUUCAGCCCGGCUGUCACAUCAUGCAUGUGUAUAACCACAUCGCACAAUACGGAAUUACUGGCAUCACUCAAACCGUGAAAUGUGCCCACGAGCGGUCAGUUCAUUUGUUCAUCGACUCUUUGCUUCACAACGACAAGCAAAGCACAGCAUACUGGUGCAACGACAUCAACACUUUCAACAAAGGAAUGUGCCUCAGCUGUAGAAAGAACCGGUGCAACACACUGGGCUACAACAUCAGGGAGGAAAGGCUCCCAAAAAGUAGACAACUCUUUUUGAAAACAAGAGCACAUAUGCCUUUCAAAGUCUAUCAUUAUCAGUUCAAGAUCCAUUUCAUCAAUGAAAUCCAAGGCAAGCAGAUCGACCCAACUUUUACCAUCUCUCUGACAGGCACUAAGGAGGAUGCUAAAAACCUGCCCAUCCCACUAGUUGAAGAUAUUAACGGGAAUAAAACCUACUCUUUUCUCAUCACCCUGGACACUGAUAUUGGUGAGCUAAUAAUGAUCAAGUUCAAAUGGGAAGGAACUGCAGUUUGGGAAAAUAUCUGGGACACGGUUCAAACCAUAAUACCAUGGACAAAAGGUACCCGUCGACCAGGACUUAUAGUGAAGACAAUAAGAGUGAAAGCAGGGGAAACACAGCAAAAAAUGACAUUUUGUUCUCAAAGUAUUGACAACGUUCACCUCCAUCCAGCCCAAGAGAAAACAUUUGUGAGAUGUGAAGAUCGCUUUCGGAGAGAAAACAGAAAGUGAGCAAGAA